GUUUUGUUCAUACUAGAAGAGUCUUUUCUAACACAUCCCAUCUUCAACAUCACUUACGCUUACCAUGGAUUUUGGGGGAGACGUGUUAGGCUAUUGGGGUCGAAACAUCAUCCAAGAUUAUGAUAAUGUUCUUCUCAAAAAGCUUCCUGGGCAAUCUGGACCCCUGGCUGGUCAUCGACAGACCCCGCAGCUGCCGCUCUCCAAGGUUGGCUUUCGUAAGACAGCCUACCCGGUUGGAAUUUUAGGGGCAGGAGUUGGUGGUUUAUACACCGCCCUCAUGCUAGAUUCGCUGGACAUCAAUUACGAGAUCUUGGAGGCGUCGGACCACACCGGUGGCCGCCUCUUCACCUACAAGUUCCCAAAAGGCAAAGAAUAUGAUUACUACGAUGUUGGGGCCAUGAGGUACCCCCUGCCGCAGAAGGACAGUGAAGGCAAUUACAAGACCGGUAUUAUGAAACGCCUGGGCGAGUUAAUCAACUAUUCAAAGCUCAACGACUGUCCCGUACCUCUCAAGUCCACACUUAUCGAUUACUAUUACAAGGCGAGGGAAGAAGGAUCUUUCCUCUACUACAACAACGAACGUUACCAAGUCUCUGAAACAUCGCACCCUCCUGACUUCCGUGCCCGGGAAAUGGGUGUGCAGUCUGAGUAUGUCGCUGUAGGAGUAGAGAACAUUGUCGACGACGUCGUUGAGCCAUUCGCCCGCAUGCUCAUAAGCGAUCUGGAGAAGCAGGUUAACACGGGGUGGGAGAUCAUGAAGGCGAACGACGCAUAUUCGCUUCGCGCAUACAUGUCGUUCAAGUACAUUCCCAGCGUCAACCUCAAACUCCCGCCUAUGCAUCUUACCACCAACGUUAUCAAUUGGUGCGAGACGUUCGACAACAGCACCGGCUCGUAUGACCGCGGUUUAACUGAAGCAGUUCUCGAGACGCUGGCGUUCGCCAAGGCCGAUUCGGGAGUCAUCGGUGAAGUAGAAUGGAAGUGUUUCAAAGGCGGUUCUCACAUGCUCGUCGACUACAUGACGAAGUACAUCACUGCUGACGGCACCAAUGAUCUCAUAAAGCUCAACAAGAGAGUCACCCGCAUCUCUGAGGGUGGUGAAGACACCAUGAAGGUUCAUGUGCAGGGCGAAUAUGAUAGCCGCACAUAUUCACAUGUUAUAUCGACCAUCCCUCUGCCGUGCCUGCGGACGAUUGAUCUCUCUGGUGCUGGUUUAAACGUGAUGCAGAAAAACGCAUUGCGCAAGCUACAGUACGGUCCUUCAAUCAAAAUUGCGAUCCGCUUCAAAUCAGCGUGGUGGACGGACCUAUUCGAUAUCGUAGGAGGCCAAUCAUUCACUGACCUUCCUAUUCGAACUAUCGUCUACCCCUCUUACGGGGUCGAUUCUAGCUCACCGUCCACAGUGCUGAUCGCGAGCUACACUUGGACAAAUGACGCAGAACGCUUGGGAGCGCUCGUCAGCACCGGUAAAGAAGAGUACAUUGAGCAACUAAAGGAACUCGUGCUGCGCAAUCUCGCAGAAGUACACAGUGGUCGCGCCACUUAUGACUUCUUGUCGAAACAAUUCUUGGACAUGCAUGCAUGGGACUGGAACUACGACCCGCUCACCAUGGGUGCCUUUGCGUACUUCGGGCCCGGAGAUUUCCAGGAUUUGUACACGUCUCUCAGUGUUCCAAAUAACAACAAGAGGUUCCAUUUCGCUGGAGAGGCUAUCAGCACCCGUCAUGCUUGGGUUGUUGGUGCAUUGGAUAGCGCAUGGCGCGCAGUGUACGAGUACCUGCUCUCUUCUGGACAGCCUAAAACCACUAUUGCAAAAUUCUUCAAACUGUGGGGCAAGAACGUUGAGUGGGUGUGUCCAUCGUCCUUGUAUGAUGAUGAAGGGCGCAGUGAAGAGGAUCCGGACGCGAACACCAUGCUACGGGUCCACAUGGCGUGCACAUAUGCUGGUGAAACAUCUGGGGAGGUGAAGUUCUGAACAAGACGUAGUAGUUAGCUUGGUAAUAUCAACUGAAUUUGUAACAUCACUCAUCUUGUACUAUCAUUGAUGACCUGUUCGCUCCUAGGAGCUGAAAUAUAUCAUGUGUUUCCGUCAA